UUCAAUUCGAUUCAAUCAAUGAAAAGCAGCGCCUUCUCGUUGGUUUCACCAUCGUCAUUUCAAAGCUCACACUCCACUCCAACCUUACUCACUCUACGUGCUACAUAAAGAGACAGACAGACAGACAGACAGAGAGAGAGAGGGAAAAUUGAGCUUCAAAUCUCUCUCUACACGUACCUAUAGGUUCAUAACAGCUAGUGUAUGCUCACUGCGGAUUUCUACAGCCCACGAUUCCGCUAGUGUUGGCGGAGGGCGGAUUUCGAUGGCGUCGUCAUCGGUGAUGUGCUCUUGGCUGACGCCCCCAUGCAUGUCCGUCGCCUGUGACGGAGAAUCUAGCUCACGCCGCCGCCGCGCCAAAUGCGUUCCGAAUCUCGUGAAUUCCUCUCUCGCCAUGGAGCCCCGGCAUCACUUGGAUAACUCUCGACAGUGUUUCGAAUCGAGGAAUGCUCCGAUGCAGCGAUGCCGCCGCAAAUUGCUCCGUUUCCACGCCCAUUCCGGAGAAACGAUGGAAGUGGCUGUUAGUCCGGCCACGGAAGUUUCAUCAAAGAUGAAACCUCCAACCAAGCAAAGACGAGUGGUCGUGACAGGUAUGGGUGUGGAGACGUCACUUGGUAGUGAUCCAGAUGUCUUCUAUAAUAAUCUGCUAAAUGGAGUCAGUGGAAUUAGUGAGAUAGAGGCUUUUGAUUGCUCGCAGUUUCCGACCAGAAUUGCAGGAGAAAUCAAGUCAUUCUCAACAGAUGGCUGGGUUGUACCUAAACUUUCCAGGAGAAUGGACAGGUUCAUGCUUUACAUGCUGACAGCAGGCAAGAAGGCAUUGGCUGAUGGAGGAAUUACCGAGGAUCUCAUGGACGAAUUGAAUAAAGCAAAAUGUGGUGUUCUAAUCGGCUCGGCUAUGGGUGGAAUGAAAGUUUUUUAUGAUGCAAUUGAAGCAUUGAGGAUCUCAUAUAGGAAGAUGAAUCCAUUUUGCGUUCCUUUUGCAACUACCAACAUGGGUUCUGCCAUGCUUGCCAUGGAUUUGGGAUGGAUGGGUCCAAACUACUCUAUAUCUACUGCGUGUGCAACAAGUAACUUCUGCAUACUAAAUGCUGCUAACCAUAUCAUCAGAUGUGAAGCUGACAUGAUGCUUUGUGGUGGCUCAGAUGCAGCAAUUAUACCAAUAGGUGCAGGCUUGGGAGGCUUUGUUGCAUGCAGAGCAUUAUCGCAAAGAAACAGUGAUCCAACUAAAGCCUCACGCCCGUGGGAUAGUAGUCGUGAUGGAUUUGUUAUGGGAGAAGGUGCUGGAGUACUACUCUUGGAAGAACUUGAACAUGCAAAGAGUAGAGGUGCAACUAUCUAUGCUGAGUUUCUUGGAGGAAGCUUCACUUCUGAUGCUUAUCACAUGACAGAGCCUCACCCACAAGGAACUGGUGUCAUUUUAUGUGUUGAGAAGGCUUUGGCUCAAUCAGGAGUAUCAAAAGAAGAUGUAAAUUAUAUAAAUGCACAUGCGACUUCUACUCCAGCUGGUGAUCUUAAGGAGUAUCAGGCUCUUAUUCAUUGUUUUGGCCAGAAUCCAGAGUUGAAAGUGAAUUCCACAAAAUCCAUGAUUGGGCACCUACUUGGAGCAGCUGGUGCUGUUGAGGCUGUUGCAACCGUCCAGGCAAUUCGAACUGGCUGGGUUCAUCCAAAUAUCAAUCUUGAAAAUCCAGAUGAUGGCGUGGAUGCAAAUGUGCUAGUGGGACCAACAAAAGAAAGACUCGACAUUAAAGUGGCACUGUCUAAUUCAUUUGGGUUUGGUGGUCAUAACUCAUCGAUUUUGUUUGCUCCGUACAAGUAGAAUUUGCUGUUCCUGCGUGGCAGGAAUGAGAAUGAUGCAGCGGUACAUGUGUCUCAAGAUUUAAUUAGGAAAAAGGCGCUCGGCAUUUCUUUUCAGUGAUAAGGGAGGUACAUUCCUUAGUAAUUAGCAUCUCUUUAGAAGCUGUUCUUACCUGUGAUGUAUAUUCCUGUUGGAGGAGAGCAACCUUACUCUCUGUGCCAGGUGAAGGCUUACUUCAAUUCGUUGGCAGAGGCAGAGGUUUUGUUUUAUGGAAUUAUAAUUUCAUAAUCAGAGUGAGGAAAAUCAUCUCUGCUGUUCAGCCUUCUCGUGUAAGAUUGGGAUUAAAACCUAAAUUGGAUUCGUUUAUUUUCUUUUCUAUUUUCUGAAUUGUUUAGACCAUAUGACACUGGACAGAAAUUUAAUCUGAUCUGAAUUGCGACUGAUUUACUUCAA